AUGGGCCCCUGUACCGCCUCCUCAUGCUGCUGCCAGGCCCGUAAUCUGCCAUGGGCCCCCGUACCGACUCCUCAUGCUGCUGCCAGGCCCCGUAAUCUGUCAUGGGCCCCUGUACCUCCUCCUCAUGCUGCUGCCAGGUCCAGAGUGUGUCAUGGGUCCCUGUACGGCCUCCCAUUGCUGCUGUCUCCAUCGCCACACUCUGCCAUGUGCCACUUUCAGGUCUCCUCACACUGCUGGUGGGUUCCAUUUUGUCAUAGGGUGCUGUAUGGCCUCCCAUUGCUGCUGCCUCCACCGCCACACUGUGGCUCCACACUCUGGUUUUGGCCCCGUGACUGCCCAAAUGAGUGAAGUGUGCGGUGAUUCUAAGAUCGACGGCACUCAUCUGCAUGUCAUACUGACUGACAGUAUUAUUUCUCUUCCCCAGCAGACUCCAAGGGCAUUUAAAUUAAAGGUACAGUGUUCUGCACUAAUAUAA